UUCACUUCCCCUGUUAGUGCUUUUCCUCUUUGUUUUCUCUCGCCGAUCAGUCAGUGGAAUGGUCUGCGUUUUCUCUCCUGGGUCGUUUCCAUUUCAGCAUGGGAACUGCGGUGUCCAAAAGGAAGAAUCUGAGGAAUGAUGCGAUAUCUUCGGUGGCAGCAAAAGUUAGAGCAGCCAGAGCAUUCGGAGAGUACCUGUACCAAACAAACCCAGAGAACGGAGCAGAUCAUCUUUUGUUGUCUGACACCUUCACUGGCCAAGACUCCAACUCCCCAGAUGUCAGGCACUUGCACAACAACAACCUGCCACCACAAAGCCAUUGUUUGCCCAUAGUUAAGCCCAACCAGCCCAACACGUCCCAUCCUGGUCUUCCACCACAGGCUCAGCCCCAGGCCAGCACUCUGCAGACACUAGCUCUCUCGGGUUCCUCCAAGCGUCGGCUUUCUGUGGAGCGCAGCCUGUCCUCAGAGGACCAGCCCAGCGCCAGAGGGACAGAGGGGAGUGUGACAGUGAAGCCAGCCCGGGUGUACACUAUCACCCGGGAGGGAGGGAUGACCCUGGGGGGCCGUGGCAGUGAGGAGAGUCUGGAGCUAGAGGUGCUGAAGGGAUCCAGGGAACAGCCUCUGUCCCCGGCCCCCGCCUCCACCAGCCACCAGCCUUCCUACAGCAGCCAACCACCUGCUGCUGCCCGAGGCACCAGUCACCGUGGUAGCCAUCACCGUGGGAGCCAUCACCACACCCACCAGCAUCAGGGGGGCCCACUGUCAUCUCAGCCGCUGCAGAGCUCGGGGAGCGCCCACAACAUCCGGGACUGGGGGGUGAGGAGAGGGGCGUCUCGAGACGACUACACCUCAGACUGCGUGGCCUGCAUCCGGGCUCCGUGCCAGAGCCAGCGCUCCCUGGAUCUUGAUACGUCGCCGCGGGACGGGGGAAAGCAGCGCAAGAAACUGGAGAGGAUGUGCAGCGAGGACAGAGCAUCUACUGGUGACAGGGAGGACAAUCCUAAUAGCUGGUUCCCCAAAGAGAACAUGUUCAGCUUUCAGACAGCCACCACCACCAUGCAGGCAAUAUCGGCUUUCCGAGGCAUUGCUGAGAGAAAGAGACGGAAAAGAGAGCAGGAGGCAGCCGCCAUGAUGGAGAGGAAUUUCCGGAAACAUCUUCGGAUGGUGGGAAGCCGUAGGAUGAAGGCCCAGUCUUUUGCCGACCGCCGAGCCAAGAGCUUCAGCCGCUCAUGGAGUGACCCUACCCCCAUCAAGCCUGACUUGCUGCAUGACUCCAGAGACAGCGGUGACCUGCAGAUCUCCUCGGGGACACUAGAUGAAGGGCUGGGUGAGGAUGCUGACUGGGAGGAGGAGAGAGAGAUGGAGAGAGCGGCCUGUGAAGGAGAGGACUUCAUCCCACCCAAAAUCAUGCUGAUAUCCUCCAAGGUCCCAAAGGCUGAAUACGUCCCCAAUAUCAUCCGCAGGGACGACCCCUCCAUCAUCCCCAUUCUUUAUGACCAUGAACAUGCCACAUUUGAUGACAUCCUAGAGGAGAUCGAGAAAAAGCUGACUGCCUACAGAAAAGGCUGUAAAAUCUGGAAUAUGCUCAUUUUCUGCCAGGGAGGUCCUGGGCAUCUGUACCUACUGAAGAACAAAGUCGCCACAUUUGCCAAGGUGGAAAAGGAGGAAGACAUGAUCCAGUUCUGGCGGAGGCUAAGCAGACUGAUGAGUAAGCUGAACCCCGAGCCCAACCUCAUCCACAUCAUGGGCUGCUAUGUGCUGGGGAGCGCUAAUGGAGAGAAGCUGAUUCAAACUCUGAAGAGGCUGAUGAGGCCCCACUCUGUCGAAUUCAAGUCCCCUUUAGAACUCUCUGCACAGGGUAAGGAGAUGAUCGAGAUGUACUUCGACUUCCGCUUGUUCCGUCUAUGGAAAAGCCGCCAGCACUCCAAGCUGCUGGAUUAUGAUGACCUCUUGUGA